AUGAGCAGCUGCAGUGUGCUUCGAUUAUCUGAGCCGUGGAUCACAGCAGGAAAUGCUGGGAAGCGGCUGGUCUCGCCCCGAAUCGCUGGUGGUGAUGCACCAGUGCAGGAAAGAAUUUCGUACACACCUCCAGUGAGCCCGGUACCAAAUUACACUUCCUCGUCACCACUACAUGUCCCAGUGCCUCGAGCGAUCAGGAUGGAGGAAGACACCAUCAGACUGCCAGCACACCUGCGUUUGCAGCCCAUUUACUGGAGCAGGGAUGAUGUGACACAGUGGCUCAGGUGGGCGGAGAAGGAGUUUUCCUUGAGGCCGAUUGAGAGCAACACUUUUGAGAUGAACGGCAAGGCUCUGCUGCUCCUGACCAAAGAGGACUUUCGAUACAGGUCUCCUCAUUCAGGUGAUGUUUUGUAUGAACUCCUUCAGCAUAUCCUGAAGCAAAGGAAAGCUCGUAUGCUCUUCACACCUUUCUUCCACCCUGGGAAUUCUAUCCAUGCUCAGCCAGAGGUCAUAUUACACCAGAAUCAUGAUGAAGAUAGCUUUGUCCAGAGACCUUCAAGACCAUCCACAGAAACAGUCCACCACAACCCCCCAACCAUUGAACUGUUGCAUCGUUCUAGAUCACCCAUCACCAACAACCACCGUCCAUCACCAGAUCCCGAUCAGCGGCCACUGAAGUCUCCUUUGGACAACACUAUGCGUCGCCUCUCCCCAGCUGACAGGGUGCUGGGGACAAGGCAUCAGCAAGAGAACAACCACCAGGAGCCCUACCCUCUCUCAGUGUCCCCGAUAGAAAACAACCACUGCCCGCCUCCUUCGGAGGUGCUCCAGAAGCCCUCCAGCCCUCGCCAGGAGAACACCAGGGUCAUCCAGCUGAUGCCCAGCCCUAUCAUGCAUCCUUUGAUACUGAACCCCAGGCACUCCGAUUUCAAACCACCAAGGUUGUCUGAGGAUGGGCUGCACAGGGAGGUAAAGCCAAUCAACCUGUCCCACCGAGAAGAGUUAGCUUAUAUGAACCACAUCAUGGUGUCUGUAUCCCCUCCUGAGGACCACGCAAUGCCAAUCGGAAGAAUAGCAGAUUGUAGGUUGCUUUGGGAUUAUGUUUAUCAGCUGCUUUCUGACAGCCGGUACGAAAAUUUCAUCCGAUGGGAAGAUAAAGAAUCCAAAAUAUUUCGGAUAGUGGAUCCCAACGGGCUGGCCCGGCUGUGGGGAAACCACAAGAACAGAACAAAUAUGACUUACGAGAAAAUGUCCAGAGCCCUACGCCACUACUACAAACUAAAUAUUAUCCGGAAGGAGCCAGGACAAAGGCUUUUGUUCAGGUUCAUGAAGACCCCAGACGAGAUUAUGAGUGGCCGAACAGACCGCCUCGAGCACCUUGAAUCCCAGGAACUGGAUGAACAAAUAUACCAAGAAGACGAGUGCUGAAGGGAACUGGUGCAACUGCCUCUGUGGGUCCGUGGGAGGAACAUCUUGCCCGGAUGGCUGGCACAGUUUGGGAGGGGAAGCAACAACACAGAAGCAGUACUUGGGGUCGCCGCUUAGCUUGAAGACCACGCAGGACCUGAAGCACCUUAACAAAACAAACUAACAGGCAGAAGUGGUGCUGGCAGAAAAGUAAAGGGGAGAAAGCCUGGACUUAUGCACUACUUCACUGUUCCUACAAAGUCUCCCUUGAGUUCUUUCUUUCUUUUCGGUUUGUUUCAGUUUUGGGGGUUUUUUUGGUUGGUUUUUUUUUUUUUUCCCUAAUAAACAUGCAGUUUGACUUUCCUUAUCUCACAUAGGACAAGACGUCAGAUUAUGCUCUUUUUUUUUUUUUUUGGAAGGCUUUCCUAUGGAAAUAGAGCACUCUUAUUUUCUGUGCAAGUCUCAUGACAUAACACCGCAUAAAACAAUAGCAUCACAGAAGGGAUUUGCUCAAGGGUUCCAGUUUGCUCCAAUCAAUUUACAUGUGCUGCCACUGGGAAACAUGUUGAAGCUACCAAAAGAAUUCACCACACAUACCUGUCAAACGAAGAGGAGUCACCCUUCACGCGUAGGCUGGGCUAUCAUCCCAGCAGAGCUUGGGCUCACCAUGAGUCUUGCGAGUGGCUGUUAACUGCUGGAAUAUGGACCAAAACCAAUCACCUAAGUGCUCCAGGGAGGAGAAAAAUAAAUGUGACAAACCUCUGCAGUAGACUGAUGUUGACAUUUUCCCUCCCUCUAGCAAAGAAGUGAUAGAAUGGAGCUGGGGGGGAGGGAUGACAGGGACAAAUACAUAUAUAUGUGUAUAUAGAGAAACAUUUCCUAUAUAUAUGUAUAUAUAUGUAACCCCCACAAUAUAUCCACAAUGCAGAAUUUCAGCUCAAAGAGUCUAUAAAAAAGUGAAGGCUGAAGCAUCUGUAAUUACAAAGGGGAGGGGUGUUUCUUAUACCUGAUAGCAAUUUUGGGGUGAAAGGUGAAGGACUGUUCCUCACAUCAUAGGGAGAAAGCAAAGGGACCCAUCACAUGGUUUGUAUUACUCAGAAACCUCUCCAGGAUCAUUUUGAGCUGCUGGAGAGGUAGAUGAUUCACCAAUCUGAAAAACUGAUGGUAGAGAACUAGAGACCAAAUAGCUAUGCUUGUAACUUGUAAUUGAUUUUGGCUUUGUUUUGGGAUUUGGGGUUUUUUUAUGCCUCCCACGACCCUCCUCCACCCCACAGCUCUGCCAUCAAGGGAGCUUGUCUCAGCUUGCCCAUUCUGAACAUCAUUUAAAAGACAAGAAAAAAAAGAAACCCUACAGCCAUGUGGCUUUCUUGGGUUUUGGUUUCAUUCUGGUUGCGAGGCACCCCAUUUUUUACCCACCCUGAUUUGGUUUGCUGCACUGAGGGUGCUUUGCAUGAGCUGAAGAGCUGUACCUAGUUUGGUCGCGGGAAGCUCAGCAGUCCUUGAUGCCCAAUACAAGAGAAACUACUGCCCUUUUUCAUUUCACACUGCUUGGGCCACCAUGCUGGGAAAGUCUGUGGUGUGUGGGCAUCCAGCGAUCCAUCACCAGUGGUCCUUUAAUGGAAGGAAGAUCUAGCAGCAGAAAUGAUGCUUGCAGAGGGAGAAGAUGCAUAGAGAAGCCAUGCAGGAAUCACAUGUGUCUGGAAGAAAGUACAUCCACACCAGUUCAUUAAAACAGAAAGUUUCUUUUAUGGGAACACACGUACUAGAAAUGGAAAAAAUCAAUGGGCUAAUCUAAUCUGUUUCAACCAAAAAAACAAGAUACAUUGCCACAAUAGAGCUUUUAUCAUCUAUUAAGCCAACACAACAUUUGAUCUUACCACAUAUUUACAAGAGGGUUAAUCUAUCUGGGAAAAAAUGGCACUUGGCAAUGAGUAGUGUCCCCUGUGUUUAAACAGAGAUAGUCCAGUCUCACAAAAGACUUAAUAUUGAGCCACGGGUCGCAGAAGGAACAGCUUUGUUAAGGGUGUAGAUAGGCAUCAUAUAAAGAGGACAGAUAUUUUCAGAGCCGGUAUCUGAUGAGGAAUGACAGGGCAUACAUCUCUCCCUAAGCUUUUCCCAGUCACAUUUUUUUUAUUAAAUCAUAGUCAAUAUGUUACAAGUCCCAGCACACCACAUACUUUCCUUUUUCCUCCUCAAAAGGCAAGAGGUAUCAGAAAGAUAAGCAGACAACCUGUCACCUGCCUCUGUCAUGACUCUGAAGUCUGUGGAGCUCAGGAGGUGUGAGCUUGGGAGACCCUGAGGGACUUCAGGGGUUCCAGACCUGAAACCAGAGGUCACUUGAAACCGAGGGGCCAGGGAGUUACGCUGCCACCCUGCUCAAGGGCAGCCAAGCUGCAGCCAUGUCUCGGGGGCUGAGGUGAAGAGGUGUGGUGAGGAGGUGAAUACGAAUGACAGGUGUGAUCAGAAGUAGCCACAUAAAGGCUUUUACUGGUUUCUUGUGUUUCUUAGGGCAUUCAGUGGUAAAAAGCAACCAAGUUUGUGCAGGGAACAAUUCAUAUCCUGUGACAGCUGCAUAACUGCAUUAUUUUCUUUUGCCUGCUGCAGCUACUGUUACCAGAUGGUGAGGGGAAAAAAAAAAAAAAAAAGAUGAUAGAGACCUUCUAUAUAAAGUGCUCUGAUGAGCCACAGGUUUUUGUCACAGCCACAGGGCACACUGCAAAACACAGAACAAGAGACAAUCCACCAGUAGAAGCCCAUCUGCUCACUGUGUAUGCUAGCAAAGAAAGUUCAUCCUCAGCACUGGGUAAGAUGGGAAAAAGCAAGGAAUCCUGAAAUGCCGUAGGGAACUUUCUUAGGGGAAAUUCUGCAGAGGAAAAAAAUUCACCUUUACCAAAAAUCUAAGUCAAAAGGAAAAAAGUAUUUGGUGGCUGUUGAAAACUCUUCCAGUUCACCCAUAAAGGACAUCUUAAGACAGCUUCUUCACCACAACCACAGAGAAGACGUUCUCUCAAGGCUGAUGCUAGUUGGAAUGAAAAUAGCCUUUGAACUUGGAGCAGAUGGGUCCCACAGGGGCCCUUGCUGGCGGAUGCUGUCCCCUGACUCCUGCCAGGUCUGCGUGGUGUGGGACCGCAGGGACAGGGGGCCUGUUGUGGGAGCUGCAGGAUUUGAACAGCUCUUGGGGUCUUGGAAGCAAGUUUACCGGCUAUGACUUAAAAUAAAUAAAACCAGGCUAGAGCAGCUGCAUAGACAGAUUCCCAUCUACCUCACAUCCAAAUGGCAGAUGCGUGGAGUGCAAACACAGCAUCAACGCACUGAGCUGCCCGUCUGGGCUAGCAAAGGUAACACUGUCUUUCCACUGACCCUGAUACCUGCCUUCCCUCCCCAAUUUCUGAUUCCCCUGUGUAGAAUUUGUCAGCAGCAAAGCAGCCAAACUUUCUGCCUUUGCCACCAAAGCAAGUGGGAAAAGGGAGAACAAGUCUCACCCUUGGAGAUGCGUAAAAGCCGUCUGGACACUGUCCUGGGCAAGUGGCCCUAGGUGGCCCUGCUUGAGCGGGGAGGGUUGGACCAGAUGACUUCCAGAGGUCACUCCCAACUUCCAACAAAGCAUCCUCACACUGUGCAGUUACGUGGGACCUUCACUGCCAUCAGCUUGCUACAAAUCCAAACAAGCCACAGCUGGUCAGGUAGGACAUGCUGCAGUUCCACAGCGAAAUGUUUUCUUGAUUUGAAGUUUGAAACCUUUUGAUUUUAAGUUCGAAACUGCCUCUCCAGCCAAAGAACACCACCGGGGCCCUUUCUGUGAACACUUAAGUCACUGCCACCCUCCCCAGAUUUCAACCUCCACGCACGCAUUCUCCAGAUCUCUUUGUCAGACUGCAACCGUGUGCAAAUCCAGAAUGCAUCAGUUCGAGGUCUUUUUUUUUUUUUU